AUGUCUAAGCCAACAGUCGUCCUCAUUCCCGGUGCUUGGCACUCGCCAUCCCAUUACUCGUCUCUGCUCAAGCUCAUAGAGACAGCAGGCUACCCAACCCGCUCUCUCCGCCUUCCAUCAGUUGCUUCAUCCACACCUCACGAGAUUACUGCCACGACGGAUGUCGACUUCGUUCGCAAUAAAUUGCUCUUGCCGCUCAUUGAAGAGGGCAGGGACAUCGUCCUCAUCAAUCACUCGUACGGCGGCCUUGUUGGUGGAUCUGCGGCCAAAGGUCUAAGCAAAAUCGAGCAACAGAAUGAAGGCAGGACUGGUGGGAUCGUGGGGCUCAUCUUCAUAGCAGCUUUCUUGGGAGUUGAGGGCGCUGAUUUGCAGACAAUGGUUGGUGGAAAGCUGGAUCCCAGAAUUAUCAUCGAUGAAGUAUCGGGGCAGACGACAGCAUCAAUCCCCAUCGACAUGUUCUAUAGUGACGUUCCCUCUUCCGAACAGGCCAUUGCUGCCGCUGCGGUUCAGCAGCACGCCUACAGCGCGUUAACUACACCGUUUCCUGCCUCUGGAUGGGGUGAUUCCGCCUUCGAUGGCAGGAGGGCGUAUAUCAAAGCUGCGAAUGAUAAUAUUAUCCCACCAUUUGUGCAGACCAUGAUGGUCGACAAAAGUGGAGUAAAGUGGGAGCUUCAGGAGACACAGACAGGACACAGUCCAUUUCUAUCCCAGCCGGCUAUUUUGAAGAACAUAGUCGUAGAGUUGAUCGAAGCUUUCGAAAAGAAGCUCAUAUAA